AUGGAGAUCGAGCACCACCAUCCCGGCGGCCGCGUGGCGGCCGUCGGCGACGACGACGACGUGGCGCUGGUGGAGCAGGUCCGGCUGACGGUGCCGACGACGGACGACCCGACGCUGCCCGUGUGGACGUUCCGCAUGUGGACCAUCGGCGUCGUCUCCUGCGCGCUCCUCUCCUUCUUCAACCAGUUCUUCGCCUACCGCAGCGAGCCCAUCAUCAUCAGCCAGAUCACCGUCCAGGUGGCGGCGCUGCCGGUGGGGCACUUCAUGGCGCGUGUGCUGCCGGACAGGAAGUUCUCGGCGUUCGGCAGGGAGUGGUCGAUGAACCCGGGUCCCUUCAACGUCAAGGAGCACGUGCUGAUCUGCGUCUUCGCCAACGCCGGCGCCGCGUUCGGCAACGGCGGCGCCUACGCCGUCGGCAUCGUCACCAUCAUCAAGGCCUUCUACCGGAGGAACAUCUCCUUCUUCACCGGCCUGCUCCUCAUCAUCACCACCCAGGUGCUCGGGUACGGAUGGGCAGGGCUGAUGAGGAAGUACGUGAUCGAACCGGCGCAGAUGUGGUGGCCGCAGAGUCUCGUGCAGGUGUCCCUCCUCAGGGCGCUGCACGAGAAGGAGCAGGGUCGCGGGAUGACGCGUGGCAAGUUCUUCCUGAUCGCGCUCAUCUGCAGCCUGGCGUGGUACACGGUCCCGGGGUACAUCUUCCCGACCAUCACCGCCGUGUCGUGGGUGUGCUGGGUGUUCCCCAGGUCGGUGACCAUGCAGCAGAUCGGGUCCGGCCUCAACGGCCUCGGCGUCGGCGCCUUCACCCUCGACUGGUCCGUCGUCGCCGCCUUCCUUGGAAGCCCGCUCGUGUCGCCCUUCUUCGCCAUCGUCAACGUCUACGUCGGCUUCGUCCUCCUCGUAUACAUCAUCGUGCCGGCCUGCUACUGGGCCCUGGACCUCUACGACGCCGGCACCUUCCCCAUCUACUCCACCGACCUCUUCACCGGCGCCGGCCAGCUCUACAACAUCACCGCCAUCGUCAACGACAAGUUCGAGAUCGACAUGGGCGCCUACGCCCAGCAGGGGAAGAUCCACCUCAGCUUGUUCUUCGCCAUUUCCUACGGUCUCGGCUUCGCCUCCAUCGCCGCCACGCUCUCGCACGUCGCCCUCUUCUACGGCAAGGAGAUAUACCAGAGGUUCCGUGAGUCGUAUAAUGGCAAGCCGGACGUGCACACGAGGAUGAUGAGGAGGUACGACGACAUUCCCAACUGGUGGUUCUACCUGCUGCUGGCGGUGACCAUGGCGGUGGCCCUGGUGCUCUGCACCGUGUUCAAGGACGAGGUGCAGCUGCCAUGGUGGGGGCUCCUCUUCGCCUGCGCCAUCGCCUUCAUCUUCACGCUCCCCAUCAGCGUUAUCACCGCCACCACGAACACGACACCGGGGCUGAACGUCAUCACGGAGUAUUGCAUGGGCCUGAUCAUGCCGGGGAGGCCGAUAGCCAAUGUGUGCUUCAAGGUCUACGGGUACAUGAGCAUGAACCAGUCCGUCUCCUUCCUCAAUGACUUCAAGCUUGGCCACUACAUGAAGGUCCCGCCGAGAUCCAUGUUCCUAGUUCAGUUGAUCGGGACGGUGGUGGCGGGGACGGUGAACACGAUGGUGGCGUGGUGGUUGCUGACGACGGUGCCGCACAUCUGUGAGAAGGCCCUCCUCCCGGAGGGCAGCCCGUGGACGUGCCCCGGCGACCACGUCUUCUUCGACGCGUCGGUGAUCUGGGGCCUGGUCGGCCCGCGCCGCAUCUUCGGGCCGCUGGGCUACUACAACGCGCUCAACUGGUGCUUCCUCGGCGGCCUGCUCUGCCCGGUGCUGGUGUGGCUCCUGGCCAGGGCGCUGCCGGGGCACGCCUGGUGGAUCAGCCUCGUCAACCUGCCCGUGGUUCUGGGCGCCACGGCCAACAUGCCGCCGGCGUCGCCGCUCAACUACACGGCGUGGUGCUUCGUCGGCACCGUCUUCAACUUCUUCGUGUUCCGGUACCGCAAGGGCUGGUGGAAGCGCUACAACUACGUGCUGUCGGCGGCCAUGGACGCCGGCGUGGCCAUCAUGGGGGUGGUCAUCUACUUCGCGCUGUCGGGGCACCCGCUCGACUGGUGGGGGUCCAGGGGCGAGCACUGCGACCUCGCCACAUGCCCCACGGCCAGGGGCGUGCAGGUGGACGGCUGCCCCGUCUUCUGA